AUGAUACUAUAUCUUUCUGAGAUAAAUAAAAAAGAAGAAAUAAAUGUUUCAAUUGAUGAUGAUGAUGUAACAGUAACAAUUGAAACAACAAAUUCAGAAGAACUUGUCACUCCACUUAAAGUCAAAAUUGAUCCAAGUAAAGGUGUAGACAUUGAUAUUGAAAAUGGGAUGGUGAAAAUCCACUUUAAAAAGAAGGAAAUGGGAAAGAAAAGAUUAACAAUUAAUUAA